UCCAAGACGCAAAUCGAAAUCUGAAAACCGUUAGCUUCACGUGGCUUUACAUAUUCGUUUCAUAUUGCUAACAAGUGUUGCUGAGUUUCUAAAAUCUAGAAAAUUCAAAUACAUUCAAUCACAUUUGAUAACAGCAAUUGGUUAUUAAUGCGUGGGUUAAUAUCAGAUCUGAAAAUGUCAGACAGUAAAAAUGACAAAACGAAAGUUGAUCUGGGAUUGCUGGAGGAAGACGACGAGUUCGAAGAGUUUCCUGCAGAAGAUUGGACCGCGGUAGAUGAGGACAACGAAGAUAUCAGCGUUUGGGAGGACAAUUGGGAUGAUGACGACGUAGAGGACGAUUUUAACCAACAAUUAAGAGCACAAUUAGAGAAACAGAAGGCCACAAAUGAACAAGUAAAGGAGAAUUAAUUAAAUUACAAAUUGAAUUUGUUUAAUCGUAAGAAUAAAUAUGUAUUAAUCUAUUAUAAUUCUGCUUACAUUUAAAUUUCGUAUGUAUUGAUAGACUUUUAUUGAUGUGAAAUAUAAUAGUUUUUCAUAAA